AGCCGAAGAAGAAGUCGUCAGUGUCACGUGACAAGUUUUGCCGGUUAAACUUCCUGUUGUUAAUUCAGCUUAUUUUUCUUUUGUCUUUUCUUUUAAAGUCUUAUUUGUUCAACAUUUAAUUUGACUGGGAGUUCAAGGUGUGUUAAUUUAACGCCUCUUAUGUGUGGUAGUGACUGGUGAUUGGGGAAUCACCGGAUCAGCUAAGGAGACCUGUCAGCCAAUGCUACCUGCUAAAGCUCGCUGUCCCUCGUAUUUACUCGGGAGUCACAGCCGCAACACGGACGUCUCUGUAGAUUUCGCUUUAGUCUUUCAGCCUGUUGGACCGCCGAGCUUUUACAUUAGGUGAAUAAAACGUUGUCUGUUUGCCGUCUAGCACAAUGGCUAAUUUGCUUUCAAUGCAAUACCUCAUCUCCUUGAGAAAACCUGGAAAUCUAACUAAUUUAAGGACUGCUGCUCUGGGCAUCAGGAAGCGAAACUACAACAGUAAAAAGGGGGAAUCAAGCGAAUAUCUGCACCGAAGUGUCGUCCCUUCAAUGCAUUACCAGAAGAGUUUACCCAGGUAAGGAAUCACAGGUGACUUUGGUUUAGCAUUUUUCAUUUUACCCCAACAUAUGGCUUCGUACAUCCUAGCUAUUAUUUCAAAUGAAUGUCAACAGUUUUUAGAUGUUACAUGGGCUGUGAGAGGUAUUUUUAGUAACAGAAGGUGACCCAGGAGGCUUUUGAAUUAAUUUAGGUGAAAGUGCAUAUGCAGUUAAAGAAAUGGCCGCUAGGGGGCAUUGGCAGGACUUUAUCUUGCACCGAUCCCUGAACAUCUUUCCCUAUAUUUCUUCCUCUUGGACGGCUUAAUUUUUAUGUAAUUUCUGCAGGCUUCCCAUUCCAAAACUUGAAGAUACUAUAAGGAGGUAUUUGGCUGCCCAGAGGCCUGUAUUGGAUGAUGAACAGUUCAAGUAAGUGUUCUCAAACUAAUUAACCAUUUAAGUUGAUUAUUAGAUACUUACACAUUGAUCUGAUUCUCUUUUUAAAUAUUAUCUGCAACAUUUUUGUUUGUUUCCCCUGCAGAACAACCGAGAAACAUGCGCAUGAUUUCCAGAAUGGUAUGGGGAAACAGCUGCAUGAAGAACUGGUUGCGCAGGACAAAAACAACAAGCACACAAGCUACAUCUCAGGUAUUUUUGCCAUCCUGACAGAACACAACUUUGAAAUGAGAUUCAUUUAUACACACAAUCUCUGAUGAGUAAUAGGGCCACUUUGAAGUCACGUUUUGUUUGUAGAUUUCAGGAUUUCAGCUGUAAUUUUCUGAGAAUGAAGUGGUAAUAUUACAAGAAUAAGGCCUUGAAAAAGUUGCGGUGUCAUCCUCUUAAUAGAACUACAUCGUAGUAUUGUAAGAUCAAAUUUUCAAUGUCACAAAAUAAAAGAAAAAAAAAAAGUCAAUUUCAGGCUUGCAACAUUAUGAAGGGAAGGAUAGGAAGAGCAACCUAAAUUAAAAUGAUGAACAUGGAGCAUUUUGAGAUUAUACUCAAAUAUAAUCUAAUUUUCAAAAACGUAACAUUUAAAUUUCUUGUAUUUGACCUUAUUUGAUUGAAUUAACAGUUUCACUUUUUUUCUUUUCUUCCUUACUGUGGCCUUAAUCCUCUGUCAUACUGAUGACUGUGGCUGAGUUCGAUUUUUUUUUUUUGUAAUUUCAGGACCAUGGUUUGACAUGUAUCUUUCUGCACGUGACUCUGUGGUGCUAAACUUCAACCCUUUUAUGUCCUUUAAUCCUGACCCCAAAAUGGAGAACAACGACCAGCUUGUGCGAGCGACCAAUGUGGUGUGUUCAGCGGUGCGCUUCAUGAAAACACUACGAGCUGGAUUGUUGGAGCCGGAGGUUUUCCAUCUCAAUCCAGCAAAGAGUGACACAGACAGCUUUAAAAAGUUCAUCCGUUGGGUCCCAUCCUCACUGUCUUGGUAUGGAGCGUACAUGGUAAAUGCUUACCCCCUAGACAUGUCGCAGUACUUUCGCCUCUUCAACUCCACUCGGAUUCCAAAGCAGGGGCGAGACGAGCUCUUCACUGAUGAGAGAGGGCGACAUCUCCUAGUUAUGAGGAAAGGAAACAUGUAUGUGUUUGACAUUGUAGACAGGGAUGGGAAUUUGGUGAGCCCUGCAGAGAUCCAGUCCCACUUGAAGUACAUUUUGUCUGACCAGACUCCAGCACCUGCCUUCCCUCUGGGGGUCCUGACCAGUGAGAACAGGGACACUUGGGCUGGGCUGAGGGAGAAGCUGAUAGCUGCUGGAAAUUCAGAGGAUUUACAGGUUGUUGACAGCGCUCUUUUCUGUCUCUCUCUGGAUGAUGAAAGUAUGAAGGACCACAUUCAUAUCUCGCACAACAUGCUGCAUGGCGACGGCUGCAACCGGUGGUAUGACAAGUCCUUCAGCGUCAUUUUGACCAAAGAUGGACAGGCAGCCAUCAAUUUUGAGCACUCGUGGGGAGAUGGUGUAGCUGUGCUUCGCUUUCAGAAUGAGAUCUUCAAAGACACAACAGAGAAGCCCCUGAUCCACCCAGGAUCUGCUCCUGCUGCUGUGGAUUCAGCCUCUGCUGUCCGCAGACUGCAGUUCAAGCUGAAUAGCGAGCUUGAGAACGGCAUCAAAAAAGCAAAGGAGAACUUUGACUCAGCUGUGUCAAAACUAACCAUCGAUGCCAUGGAGUUCAAGAAAGGUGGGAAGGAACAGCUAAAGAAAAGCAAGUUAAGUCCAGAUGCAAUAGUUCAGUUGGCUUUUCAGAUGGGCUUCUUGAGGCAGUAUGGACAGACAGUGGCCACAUAUGAGUCCUGCAGCACUGCAGCCUUUAAACACGGCCGUACAGAAACCAUCCGGCCUGCCACCAUACACACCGCAAAGUGUGCCCAUGCAUUUGUACAUCAACCAGGGAAACACAGUGUGGAGCAACUGCAGGGCAUGCUCAGUGAGUGCUCCAAAUAUCAUGGGCAGCUCACCAAGGAAGCAGCUAUGGGUGCGUACAGGGCAUUUUAAAAUUUUGUUUACUUUACUACAAUUCCUUACACCCCCAAACAUUCAAAAUGUUGCAGUUCCUCUAGAAGACAAUCAAAGUAAUGGUAGAUGUGAUUUGAAGUAAUCCCUCUGGAAGACAUCUUAUCAUGUCGUCAAUUUUGUGAUGCUUUGUUUGUUAAUUGACAUGACAGGAUGUUUACACUGAGCCGCCUUCAUCAUUGUGCAGUACCUGCAUUUAACGCUUGGACAUGCCAGAUGCAGUAGCACACUGAAGAGCACAUUAGAUUGAUACAAAAAACAUAAAAGAUUGAACCUGUUUUGAAAAUAUGACCAAAGUUUUAGAGUUAAUGUGUAGACAGGAUCGAUAAAAGAACAAGAUUUAAAAAUUUUUUCCCCCCUUUUUUGAGCGUAAUAUAACUGAAUGAAAAAUCCAAUAAAUGAAGAGAGACAGUACAUGAAAGUAAACAAUCUGGACACUGGCUUGAGAUACAUAAAAAUUUCUGAACUGUAACUUGUGUAAAGCUACUACAAAGCUACAAGAGGGAUGUUAUAAAGCCUAAAAGUUAGCAUAAUAUCCCUGCUGUAACUGUGCAAAUAUAGUAGAUGAAUUCUGUGUGAUUAGCUGGGAGUGGUGAUAUCCGUGGACAUACCGUUUUGAAAAACCUUUAAUCUUAAUUUAAUACAUUUUUCCAAACAAACAUUUUAUUGCGUAGGAAUAGGCGACCUACAAAGUCCUUGGAGGUCAUAGAAUUGUUUCUCCUACAGGUCCAAAAUAGUGAAUGUUUUUAUCAUGACACUAUUUGUAUAUCAAAUUGAAAUACAUAAAGAUACAAAGAAUUGUCAGGCUGUUUUUUUUUCUACCUGCAUGAAACUGUAAAAAGACUCAUAAUCUAGGACUCCAAGUUCUAUGAAUAAUGGAAAGAAGGAGUGAUUUCAGACAAACUGGUCUCAAAACACACAAACACGCACUUUGCUGUAACAUAAUUUUCUCUGUCUUUAGGCCAAGGCUUUGACCGUCAUCUCUUCGCCAUGCGAUACCUUGCCAAUUCAAAGGGCCAGGCUUUGCACAGUCUGUAUACAGACCCAGCUUAUGCUGCCAUCAACCACAACAUCCUGUCUACCAGCACCCUCACCAGUCCAGCUGUGAGUCUGGGCGGCUUUGCCCCAGUGGUGCCCGAUGGCUUUGGUGUGGGCUACGGAGUCCAUGAUGACUGGAUCGGCUGCAAUGUGUCCAGUUACCCGGCUCGUAAUGUCCAUGAGUUCCUGCAAUGUGUGCACAAGUCAUUGGAGGACAUUUUCACUGUUCUAGAGGGAAAAGCGCUCAGUUAAGAAAACAUGUUUUCACCAAAGUGAGAAAAAGAGAAGGUUAAUGUCUUUAUUGUAAUUACCUGAAGUUUCAUUGAUAAAAACACAAAGAAAGUAGAACAAGUGCUAUAUUAAUACAAAAGAGAAGUGCUUGUCAAAUCAUGGUGCUUUAGCAAUUAUUUUGGAACUUAAAUGCAUAGCAACAGACCAGACAUGAAUCACAUUACCGAUAAAAAUCCCUGAUUAACACCACAUAAUGUUAAAAAAAUUACACCUUCCUACUUUAAUCGAUAAAUUCAUGACUUUCCAUGAAAGAAAAUCAUUAUGGUGUCACCCAAAUCAAAGAGGAAAUUGAUUCUGACAGCUGUAGACAAAAAAACUUUGGUUACUCCAGUUGUAUGGCCUCACAAAACACUGAAGAACAUUGUGAGUCCUGUAUAUACUAUUUAUGAAAUUAGGCUUUUGAGAUUUAGAUAAGUCUUUGCAGUGUUUCCAAGAAUAGAGCUUUGUGCCUUAUUAAAAUGUGAAUUAAAGAUCAUUUGCUGAUCAGCACUGUAAUAACUUAUCAUGAAACCUGGUCAUUUACAGCCUUCUUGAUCUAAGUGUCUUUUGAAAUAAAAUUUAAUUGAAAAUUUUACUCAAACUGCAGUUUCAAUUUAAUUACACUACAAUGCUUCUACUUACUGUUACCAUUUUGAAACUUGAUCUUAAUUGUAAUAAGUAAACCUGUGUUGAUAACAGCAAGGAAUACCUAAAGAAAUACAUCACGUAAGACAAAAGAUGUCUUUUUACUCUUUAUUUAAAAUAAAAAACAGUUCCAUUUCCAAAGCAAAUGUACAAAUGCGGAAGUCAACAACAGAAACAUUAGCUAAAGCAAUUAAAACAAACUGAAUUUGAGAUUUAGAUAGGCUUGAUCUUGAAGUGAAGGCCAAUGAGACUGAAGACAAGACAUUUCAGAUCUUGCACCAGGUAGUAGAACACCCGUAGACCCUCAGGGUCCCUGAAACACAGCACAUUUGAAGUGUUAGGCAAUCCCUCAGAUCAGAAACUUGACAAAAAUUUUAACGAUGUUCAACUCACAACCUGACAAAACUUUUUUAACAAAGUUCUACUCACUUUGACUGGUUGACGUCAAUCAAGGAGCCAAUUUUGGAAGUUGUGAAAGAAAUGUGCUCAUCUCCAAUGACGAUCUCCAGUUCCUGUUAAGUUUCAAAAACAUCACCAAAAUCAUCAUUGAGAAGUUAAUGACGAGUGUUCAUGUAAAAAUCUGUGACCUGUGAAGCUCCCAAAUCUAUGAACAUUAGGAAAAGACAUCAAUGGAUAAAAAUGCUAAUAGCCAGAGUGCUUUCAUGGUUAUGUGGGUUAACAAACUAUGUAUCAUUUUUCAGCAAAAACCAUGUCAUGAUAUUUGGUGACAGUUAUCAAAAUGUCACUUGUUAAAAAUUAGCAUGAGCAACUACUACUAAGUAUACAACAAUGUGUGGUGGAGGUCUCUGGUUGUUACAGAAUAUGGGGUAAAUGCCUGCAAGGCAAUCAGCACUAUGAACAGGUUUAAUGCAGCAUAUUGUGUUCAGUGUUAAUGAACGGGGUCACAAACCUGUCUGCCGACUCGAUCAGGAGGAGGCCACAGCGCAUCGUCUUCUUUGGUGAUCUCACUGUCAUCGAUGAUCCUCUUCAGCUCUUCCAUCACACUUUUGUGCACAUAUGCCUAAAAUGAUAGAGCAACACAUGAACAAAAGGUAGACUUUGUACAUGCUAAGAGGACUAUAUGAAGUUGAAUUGGAGGAUGCCGGUGUAGUGUUAGCUCCAGUUCAACUUCAUAUCGACUCAGGUGCAACAUGGCCUAAACC